CGGAGUCGCGUCAGCAACGUCGAACUGAAAACAACGCGACUUUGGCCACAAGAGCACACAAUCGAAGCCUAAACAACGAAAUAUCACGCAUACGCCGCGUUGAACCGAAAAGAAUUGCAAGUGAAGUGAUACGAAAAAAAAAAAAUAAAGGAAACAGAGUUUACCGCUUUGGCUCGUUAGCGAAAUUUUUUGUUGCCUUUUUGGGCAGUUUACGAGCGGCUCAGCAUAAAUUGCUGGUCUCCGCAUAAUCUCCACCUCCGUUGCCCAUUUCCCAUUUGCACAGGCGUAAUGAGGCAAUGAGACGAGGGGCAGCCGGAAAAGCAACAGCAACAGCGGGAAAAUCAGCAGCGGAGCCAUGACAUCUGGAGUCUGCCGGAGUCUGGAGCUUUGGCCUCUGCCCGAGUGAAAACCUCCUUCCAAGCAAUGCUGCGCGAUAUCUUUCUGUAUUUAGUUCUAAUCGUUUUAUUUUGCUUCAUUUUCAUGGCGCAGUUAAUCGUCAACGUUUACGCGUUCCAACGCCAGCCGUCGCCCCACAAAGCGGAGCGCAAUGAAAUUAUAUUUGUCUAGCAAGGAUAUAGACACCACCCAGAGAACCACCCAAAAGACACAGACAACAAUGUUUCAAGAAAGAAUUUUUCAAUGGAAAGUUGAGCCAAACAAUAAAGAGUUAAAAGUAUUUAGAUCAAA